GGAAUUAUUUACCAAUUCUCCACAAUCAAUGUUUGGUACUGUACUACCAUCUCAACAGAAACAGAAUAUUAUCACAGACGUCCCCUGCCUUGUAACACGUUGGUGUUUCGACUCGCAAUCGAACGGUUCGCAUACAUUCUGAAUGAACACAAAGCAAGAGACUUGUACAUCUUAGCCGCCGCGAAUUGUCAUAUUUACCAUCCCAAAUUCCCAACCAUAUAAUUUUUUUUCCCACCAUUAUUGGCCUCACUUGCAGUAGCUGGUAUUUGUAGAUGACUGGUUUUCCCAUGAAUCACAUCAAUAGCAUUCCCCUACUCAAAAACCACUAUAUAAACCCUCCAAAGUUAGGACUCCAAACUCCCACCUGCACACCCCAAAAAACCAGGCGCCAACCCCAUGAGCUCUCCAAAACACCUACUCCCUCCACCAUAUCUAUGACCAAUAUAUAACAAACCCAGCCUUAAAUCAUUCUCCCUCCUCCACAAUGGCUGCAAAAAUGGCCUACAGGCUAAUCACGUCACUCUUCUUCUUCUUCUUCUUCCUUACCUUCACAUUCACUACCCUCAGUCAUACAUCAGAAGCCAGGCACUUCCCACAAAACCCCACAAAGGCAGUAGUCGUCGGCACUGUCUACUGCGACACUUGCUUCAACAACCGCUUCUCAAAGCCCACUCAUUUCAUCUCAGGCGCAUCGGUUGUAGUCGAGUGCAAAGAUGGGAGGUUCAGACGAGAAGUGAAGACGAACCAGCUGGGAGAAUUCAGCGUCGAGCUUCCGUUCACUGUAAACAGAGAGGUCAAGAAGAUCAAGCGAUGUUCAGUGAAGCUGCUGACCAGCAGCGACCCUUACUGCGCCGUGGCAUCCACCGCCACGUCGUCGUCUCUCCACCUGAAGUCGAGGAACAGCAAGCUAGGGUCUGAUUCUCACAUCUACUCCGCCGGUUACUUCACUUUCAAGCCAUCCCACCAGCCUACCCUCUGCUCUCAGAAUCCGACCACCACGUCAGCAGGGAGCAAUGAGCAGAAGGACUUAUCUGGGUUCCCGGCGCUGCCGUCUCCAGGCGGCGGCGGCGACGAUGACGAACCUACGCUUCCACCGCCGGUGAAUACAAACCCUAACGGCGGAGUACCUCCGCCGGAGAUGAAUCAGAACCGGCUCCCGCCGCUUCCCUUGCUCCCGCGGCUGCCUCCGCUCCCCACUCUGCCGCGGUUGCCGUACCUUCCGCCGUGGCCGGCGAAGAGCUUCAAUAAGCACGAGAAGCCUACCUUGAGGCAGGGAGAAGGGGAUGAAUUGUCGGAUCAGAAAUCGGGGCGUCCUGGUCAGCCACAAGGGCUUCUGUUUCCCCCAAUUUUGCCGCCAAAUCCGCUGCAGCCGCCGUCUCCGCCGUCGCUUCCUCUGCCGCCGAACCCGUUGGAGCCGCCGUCAUUGGUGCCCCCGAUUCUUCCUCCGAACCCGCUUCAGCCUCCGCCGGCGCCGUUCCUUCCAAUUCCUCCGAUUCCAGGGCUAACCCCUUCGCCGCCGCCGCCGCCGGUCUUGCCGUUCCCCUUCCCGCCUCCUCUGCUUCCUCUGCCGCCGGGGUUUCCUGGAAUCCCUCCUGCAGCUCAUGCCGCUCACAAAUCGAAGUCGAAUCCUCCCUCCACCAUUGAUCCUUGA